CUACAUCAACAGUGACUUCAAGUGAUGCCACCACUCCCUCAACUACAUCAACAGUGACUUCAAGUUAUGCCACCACGCGCUCAACUACAUCAACAGUCAAUUCAAGUGAUGCCACCACUCCCUCACUUACAUCAACAGUCACUACAAGGGAUGCCAUCAUUCCCUUAACUACAUCAACAGUCACUUUUAGUUAUGCCACCACUCCCUCAACUACACCAACAGUCAAUGCAAGUGAUGCCACCACUCCCUCAGCUACAUCAACAGUCACUACAAGGGAUGCCAUCAUUCCCUUAACUACAUCAACAUCCACUUCAAGUGAUACCACCACUACUUCACCUACGUCUACAGUCACUUCAAGUGAUGCCACCACUCCCUCAACUACAUCCAAAGUCACUUCAAGUGAUGCCACCACUACUUCAACUACGUCUACAGUCACUUCAAGUGAUGCCACCACUCCCUCAACUACAUCCACAGUCACUUCAAGUGAUGCCACAACUCCCACUGCUACAUCGACAGUCACAAGUGAUGUCACUACUCUAAGACCAAUAAUGCCACCAACAAGUGGUACUACUACAGUAAUAACAAGAACCUCAACAUUUGUAGCAGUAUCCACUCCCUCAACUCCCUCACAGGGACUAACUUUCAGAGACACUACUUUGGUGACAACAAUCAAAACCACUGUUGCAGAAUGCGUGUCAGAAACUCUGGUGAAUGUCAUCAGGCUGGAGAAAAUCACCAGUAAGUUAAUCAGUGUGAGUUGGACAGGUAUUAACCUGGACCAGCAGAUACAGUACAAAGUGAAGCUGGAGUCUGGUUCCAACUCAAACCAGAGUGAGACCUCAGCCACCAAAGCUGUUUUCUCAGACCUUACUCCUGGAACCAUGUACACUCUGAUUAUUGAGUACUUAUCCUGCAGUAUCAAGAAAUACAUUUCAGCAAACAUAAUCACUGCUGGAAAGGUCUAUGAAUCUUUCACUCGAAUUCCAGGUAGAGAUUUUGUGUCUGAUUAUACAAAUCAAUCCAGCAAACUUUACAAAGACUUUGUAACAAAUUUCACCAUGCAGGUUGAAAACAAUCUCCCGAAGGAAUACCGGGACCUUAUCAGGGAUAAAGAAAUGGUGAUUGUUGUGACUGGUGUUCGCAGAGGAAGUGUGAUCGUUGACUUUGAUCUGGUCACUGCUCUGGAGGUCAACCUGUCAACCUCUGACGUGCAGAACAGCGUCAUCAAUGCGCUGAAAUCAUCUGCACUCGGAGUGGAUCUGAAUAUCACCUCUGUAAAAGAGGCAGACAUCUGUCAAAGAGGCAGUUACACAUGCUCAAAAAAUGCCAGCUGUAUCAGAGAGGGACCUUCACAUACAUGUGAAUGCAAGGCAAGAUUCUAUGACAGAAAUCCAACCGUACCGGGAACUGACUGCAAGAGAAAUAUCACUCCAGGUGCAGAUUCAUGCAAAGGAGUUUCCCAGAUAUCAACGGCCCCGGGAGAAGGCUGGAAAGUGGCGACCAUAGUCCUGGGAGUUCUGCUGGGCUUGAUUUUGUUAGUCGGGGUUGUCGUUCUGGUCAGCACCGCAGUGAGGAAAGCAACUGGCAAGCUGACCUCAUACAACCUCCAGCACACAGAGCACAACAGACAGGUGGUGUCCAAUGACUAUUUACAAGGAUGUUAUUCUUACCAGAUCAAAAAUAUCAAGAUAUUGAAUAUUAAUAACAUUUGAAUGAUAUAUUUUGAUAGACAAAAGUAUCAGCUAUCACACCAUGUAAAGGAACAACGUCCUAAUUCUUUAAUUGUUUUAUAAAAUGCAACUGGAUUGAUGUCAACUCCGUCAGACAAAUAUUUAUUAUCCAACAAGUGUUAAAUAAAGGCCUUGAUUGUUUAUUUCGAACAUUAGAUUAUUCAAAUAUGAUAUGAUAAUGCUCCAAGGCUAAUUUCGUUAGCAUUUUGACAUGUUUUUCUAGAUUCAGAACAUAAAAACAACAUUUGGAAAGCAAACAAUAACCCUUAGGUCUAACACAGCAAAUAAGUCAGUAGUUUAAGCAUAUGUUGCAACAAUGUUAAAAUAUUUUUUGCUGAAUAUUGACAAAAAGAUCGAUAUUAAGAGGGUUAGCCAUCAGUGAGUUGACAAGCCAUUGACGAGGCUGACAACAAAUACUCAAAACAGCUUCUAAAAAUAAACGUUUAAUACAAACACUGGUAAAAAUAUAACCAUACUAUCAGAUCUUUCAGCACUCUGACGGAGUUGACUUUAGACAAAAAUCUGACGGAGUUGAUGUUUUACGGAGUUGACAAAAAUGAAAAUAUUUCUUCUUCAAUCAAGUAAUAUGCUAAGUUUAUCCUCAGUUUCUUUAUGACUCUAAAACCUAAUCAUAUAAUGUCCUAUCUUAAUCUAUUCGGCAGAUGGAGUUGACAGUUUAUGAUUGUGACAAUGGUGAUUUUAAUAUUGUUUGUUUAAAUCUAUCAAAAGGAGAGAACUUUACAGACCGUGAGUUGUCUUGUUGCACUACAGGUAAUGAGGACAUGAAGAAGGUGUCCUGAUGGUGAAGCUGUCCCUGCUCAUUCAUGAUUCAUUUAGGGUUUUAAGACAAAUCUGCCAAUGUUGACCAAAUCUCCUAGUUUUGAGAGAAAUAUUCUUUAAAGUCAGAGAGGGCUAUUGGAAGAAACUACAUACGAUAUUUUUUCAGUUAGUAUUCAUUAUUGCUUGUUUUUAAAAAUGUUAAACGCUUUUUUUGGAGAGUUUGAAAUUGGGAUCCUUUGUAAGGGCAUGUCACAUUCUGACCUUAGUUUCUUUUUAUGUCUUUGUGUUAGGUUGGUCAGGGCGUGAGUUGGGGUGGGUAGUCUAUGUUAUUUUUUCUAUGUUAUAUUUCUAUGUCUUGGCCUGG